CAACGGAUGUAUCUGUUAUCAAAUUUAAUUAUCCGAUCCUUCCCUAACACAUUACGAGCAAUUAAUCUGAUGAAAAUGUUUCAAUGUAACUCUUUGCGAGAAUAAAUAUUCAAUCUGAGUGUUCCCAUGCUCAGAACGUGCCUGUUCGAUCUCCUUGUUGAUAUUUCCCUCCAGUUCUGUAGACGAAUAGCAUUCCAAAACGUCUAGAAGGAGGUGAGAGGCAGAACAAAUGCUGCAAUAAAUUCCCAUUCCAUGUCAACAGGGAGACUUCCUCGACAGCAUUUUGAGGCGCCUCGUUCUUUUGCACGUCGUAAAAUGUUGACUUCUUUAUAUAUAUAUAUGCGUAUAUAUAACUAUUUUUCCCAGGCAAAGAAUGGCGACCGGCGGUCGCUAUCCAAAGCCAAUAAAAACGACAGCUUUUUGUGAGAUCUAGUUUCAAGUUGUGUUUUUUCACAUCAUAGCCCCUUUUGGAUUGUUCUGGUUUUUAGGCAGUAACGAUCCCUGGAUCGGGUAUUCUCGAUAGUAUAAAUAGUGGUUGGAGAUCUCGGCGGGAUUAAAAGUGGCGCAACCAAAUUUAAUUCUGAAGAAUCAAACCUCCUUCCGGCAGUUGUAGAUUUAGAAAGACAUCUAUCUCCCUUGUAGUUCUUGAGUGAUUUGGCGAAUCCGCUAUCUUCAUUCUGGUAUCGUUUCUACGAACAAAACUGUAAGUAAAACCAGAAAUAAAUCCAUACCGGCAUCAGAAUUAUUGCUCGUUAUUGUUUUAAAACCUAAAAAUAGUUUUUUAUUGUGAAAAUCAAUUGCAUCAAACAGCAUGUAAGAACUUCGUUCCGAAUAACAGAACUGAAAUAAUUGAUCCAGUGUAGGCAAAUUGAAAUAAUAUUACAAAAAAUAUUAUUGUCAACUGACAGAUUUGUAAGAAAUGGAUUAUCGAAUGCCAUGGGUAGAAUUCUAUAAUAGCAGAAAAUUUUUUGAAACGUGUAAUUAUCCGCAUAUUUAUGAUAAAAUGCUUCAAGUUGCAGAACUCUGAUCAACCUUCAUCUGCUUCCUGCAAGUUUUAAUAAAAUUUCCUCUGCAGUUCGCUUGAGUUUUGCCAACAAAAAAAGUCAAGAAAUCAGUUUAAAAAUGAAUAUUAUAUUUUCAAAUAUACACAUUGUUCGUUCGUAAUAUAGAAUAUCUUUUUCGUCUAUGUAAUAAGUCCAAAGAAUUUUCACCAGAUCUCAGUUCCGUGGAAGUCAUGUACAACAAAAUAGUCUAUUUGCUUAUUUUCUGGCUGAUCCGGGGAAUGAAUAUUUACAUAUGUAAUGGUCUUCCACAUGGAAACAUUGACUCUAACAAUAACCACACAGCUGAAGCUUUACAGAGACUCUUACAAGUAUUCGGAUUGGAGAGGCACCAUUCGCAUCCUAGACAUCACCCUCAUCCUCCCCAGUACAUGCUGGAUUUGUACAGGUGGCUUGCUGAAGGAUCAUCAGACGAAUCUCUGCACCUGCAUCACAAUGGCGCGAAUACCGUCAGGAGCUUCUAUAGCAAAGAAUCUUCUGGUGAAAGCAAUCACUAUCAAUUUAACAUAUCAAGUGGAAUACCAGACUAUGAGGAAAUAGUAGAGGCCCAGUUUCAUUUUUUCACCAAUUUUCACACUCACAGAUCUCAUCAAGGCUCUCAUGUAAUACAGAUUCAUUUAUAUGAUGAAUUUCUGAAUUCAAGCUCCACACUCCUGGAAGCGCGAUUGAUUAGCGCGCAUGCGUCAAGCUGGGAAGUAUUCAGAAUUACAUCAAGCGCAAAGAGAUGGAUGCGAAAUCCACAUUUUAAUAAAGGGUUAACCGUUGAAAUAUUAGAUGGGUCAGGUCGAGCAUGGAGAGAAAGAAGAAUACACCGUCUCCAGAAUUACAGGCGACCCAUCCUCAUUAUCUUCAGCCAAGAUACGAGGACUUCAUCCCACCGUAAAGUUACAAAAUCUCACAAUUCUGAAAGUCUUGCUUUUCAAUCUGCAGCAGUAAACCAAAAGAAAAGAAGAGAUUCACCAGAAGAAGGGAGCAUGAGAAGUCCAAGAUCUGCAGUUUCAAGUUAUGGAGAUUGUGCAAGACAUGAACUACGUGUCGACUUUGAAAAACUUGGUUGGUCAACAUGGAUCAUUUCACCUAAAUGGUACGAUGCAUAUGUUUGUGCUGGUGCAUGUGCUUUCCCUCUUGGACAAAACCAACGCCCCUCCAAUCAUGCAACUGUUCAAAGUAUAGUGCACGAAUUAGGUUUAACAGCAGGAGUAGGAGCUCCUUGCUGUGUUCCAACUGAGUUACACUCUGUUAGUUUGCUGUAUUUUGAUGAACACAUGAAUGUUGUACUCAAACAAUAUGAUGACAUGGUAGCUGCUGGAUGUGGUUGUCAAUGAUUUUCAAAAUAAAUUAUUUUUGUACAUUUGGAAUUUUAAAAAAAAAAGAACUUUCAAACAUAGCAUUGUUCAU